AUGGCGAGGUUACGAAAAUGCACACGAGCCACGCUGCUCUCGAUCCUCGUCGCUUCGGCUCACGCAGCCUCUCUCCCCUCCAUCUUCCAACGACAGUCGACAUGUGCAGCCGAAGGCUUCUCGCCCUGCAGCGGCAGCGGCUUGCCCUCGUCCUUCUGCUGCAAGUCGGGCUCGACAUGUAUCGCCCUGGCCGGCAACACCACCGUCCUCUGUUGUCCCGAGGGAAGCAACUGCGACCGCAUCACGCCCAUCAACUGCGCCGUCUCGUUGCAGGACCCCGACGCUCAUCCUGACGCCGUGAUCAAGACCACGGCUCUCAAGAGCAAGCUCCCGACGUGCGGCACGCAAUGCUGUCCGUUCGGCUACACCUGCAACGGCGCGAACCAGUGCGUGAAGGACGCGAACCAGACCCAGAAACCGACCACGGUGCCGGCUUCCGAGCUUCCCACGACCACGCCGGGUGCCACAUCCAGCGUGCCCAUCAGGAGCGUCACCGUGAUCCCAACAACCAUCGCGACCUCCUCCCCCGAAUCCACCGCAGCGUCUGCCUCCGCAACCUCGACCGCCACCGCGCCGGCCCAACAAGACGGCAACGGCGACAGCAAAGACGAGAACAACAACGGGAGCACGUUCCCGACAGCCAUCGUCAUCGGCGUCCUCUGCGGCGUCCUGGCGGGCGUGGGUCUCGGCGUCGCCCUCCUCCUCUUCCUUGCCCGUCGCCGCCGCCGCAACACAACCAUCCGAUCCGAAAAGAAGCGCAGCGGCGGCCCCCGUCCUUCGACGUCCACCUCCUCCUUCGGCAACAUCAUCUCGGACCCCAUCCCCAUCUCAGACGCGGCCAACCGCACCGACUUCAUCCUCAAGACACCCUCCACCGUCCACUCGCACAACUCCCGCACCGGCUGGAGCGUCUACAACCACUCCCGCAACUCCUCCUCCACCGCCACGACGCUCGCCGCGCACCAGCAGCCCCCGAUCGGCCUGGCCAGGAGCGACUCCGUGAAGCCGCGCACCCCGCCGGAUCGCACACCGGAGCGCGCCGGGAUCCCCGUCCCGCCGAUCCGCGGCAUGCGUCCGAACUCGGGGCGGCGCCCGCCCGGCGCGCAGAACCCCCUGCUCCCGCGCGAGCCGAGCAGCGAGAGCAUCAACGUCUUCGCGGACCCGCGCACCGUCCUGCGACCCGGGCACAAGAGGCUGACGUCCUUCACGGAGAUGAUGGAGGAGGCCGAGCUGGGCGACGUGCGGCGCGGCAAGCCCUAUGUGCCGCAGACCCCGAGGCAAGUCUGA